AUGGCUGCCAUCAUCCAUCCACUCUUGGUGAACUUAUCAUUGGCCAUUCUCCUGGGUUUGACCUCUCUGGGUGGACUGAACUUUCAGCCAUCAGGUCAGGCUUUGGCACAGGUCUCUUCCAACAACCAGACAACAGAACCCUCUACAAUACCAGAAGCAGCGCUGGUAACCCCAACACCAGAUUCAGAAGACCAAACGGGUCCAACUGGGGAUAACCGCUGUUGGGGUUACUAUGAUGUGAUGGGCCAGUGGGACCCACCUUUCAACUGCAAUGCAGGUAUCUACCUGUUCUGUUGUGGUUCCUGCUCUACCUUCUGCUGUCAGUUCAAAAUCCACAGUUUGGACCAGACAUCCUGUUCAAAUUAUGACACACCUGUGUGGGCAAACACGGGACGACCGGCGGCACCUGUCACAGAAGCCCAGGAGGAACCGGACCGAGAUCGGACCCACAUGAUUGUGUAUAUUAUCUGUGGAGUGGUGGCCAUCAUGGUGCUGGUGGGAAUUUUCACCAAACUUGGGCUGGAGAAGAGUCAAGGAGGACAGACUGACAUGACCAACUCUAGGACUUUGACAGAGCUUCAGCAGCCCGGGGAGGGAGGAGCAGUGGAUGGUACUGGUGUUCAUCAUCCUAUAGGGACAAAUGGUAUCUCUGCCAGGGCACUACGCUCCAACAAUGGCAAGUUCUGGUUUUUGGCAC